AUGUCGACUUGUGCAUGCGACAUCACAUUUCAAAUCUCGGACAAUAUGACAAUUCAAGGUCAAGUCAUUUCAUUCGUGGGCAAACUCAGGAGCUACUCAAGAGCCGACGCGAUUGCUCAAGCUCGAGCGGCGGGAGCGUCCGUGACGUCAACUGUUACCAGGCGGACCACUGUCUUGGUAGCUGCUGAUGAGGCGACAAAGGCACCUAGCGGAGUCGAGGUGUGGAGCGAGUCCAAGUUUGUGCAAGCGUUGGGUGCGGUCAAACCCGAGCCACAGGAGGAACCUGCUAUGGAAGCAGUGGCUAUACAGCCAAAGCGAGGCAAGAAAGUCGCCGUGAAAGAUGAGGUGAAGGAAGAACCCAUUGCGCCUCCCAAAAGAGUCACGAAGGGUAAAAAACGUGCCAAAGCAGAAGCGCCGGAACAGACUUCUCCUUCCUCACCCAAGAAGCCCAAAGCCGACGAAGCAAAGACCGAGCGCAUUGGUGCACGAAAACCCGAUCGAUUCUUGGCCAGCCGUGACCAGUUUACAAUCGUCGACGACUAUUUGACGGACCUCAUGCAGACCAACCUGGGCACGAACAACAACAAGUUUUACAUCAUCCAACUUCUGCAGUCGGUAAGCGACCACACAUACUACGUGUUUACGCGAUGGGGGCGACUGGGGGAGGCCGGCCAGCACAAGCUUGCGCCAUUUGGCCACGACUUGGACCGAGCGAUCACGCAGUUCGAGGCCAAGUUCUCCGACAAAACGCGGAACAAAUGGGCCGAUAGACAUGCGUUUGUGAAGCACUCGUACAAGUACCAGUUGGUCGAGUUGGACACGACUGAAACGGGCGACGGUGGCGCAGGUGAUGCGGCAAUGGGGAAAUUGUCAGCUUCCCAAAUUCACAAGGGACAAGUCGUAUUGGAGAAGAUCAAAGCUGCACUCUCGUCGCGAGCAGGCGCCAAUACCAUAAAUCAGCUCUCGGGGGAGUACUAUUCGCUUAUCCCAACGUUGGCUGGUCGCAAUCGCCCUCCACCUUUGGGUUCAACCAAGUUGGUCGAAGAGAAGGAAGCGCUCUUGGACUUUUGGCUUCGUAUGGGCUUUGAUGACAUGGAAGAACAAACUGGAUUGGCUCCCAUUGAAGGCAUCAUGGACUUGCCGCUUCCGUCCACAUUGCUUGAAGCUGCUUCUGUCAUCACUCAAGUUGGAGCCAUCAAGCAAUGCCAAUCUCGUGGGGCAGAACUGGUGAAGGCGAAAGCUGGGUCCCCAACGAAACCUAUGGACAAGGAGUUGUAUGGCUCCAUCGUGCUCUACACUGGAAAUUGGAUCUACUCGCAGCUCAACUCGACCUUGCGUUCCGAGAACCGACAAGCCAUUCGAAAGUACUUUAGCUACCUUCGCGUGUUCCUGGAGGCCAUGUGCCGCAUGCCCCAAAAGGAACAAACGCUGUGGCGUGGCGUGAGCGUCGAUUUGUUCGACGCAUACGAAGAAGGCAAAAUCAUCACGUGGUGGGGCGUCAGCAGCUGCACGUCGGACGAAAACGUUGCACGUAACUUUAUGCGAAGCUGCGGCGGGUCGUGCACGCUGCUCCGUGUCAAGUGCAAGACUGCGAUGGACAUUUCCGUGCUGUCCAUGUUCCCAGGAGAGAAAGAGUGCUUGCUGGCGCCUGGCACGCAGCUCAGAGUGCUCCAGCGUGUGCGCCAUGGCAACAUUGCGGAAAUUGACGUCGAAGAAGUCGGCCGAGCGAUUUGAAUGUGAUGUCCACAACGUUUGAACGGAAACAAUCCUGGUUAACUGGAAGCGUACAUCUCUUUGUACACUAUAGACUACGGAAUAUGAUAUCCCCUAGGAAUAAAUGUAGGUAUUUCUGUUACCUAAAAAUGCAAGAACCUCUGUAUUUUAAUAAAAUAUCAUCGCUUUAC